UCGACCGAUCACUCGCCACGUGUCGUAUCUACGGCCUCGCCCAUCCUUUCCAUCUCCACCGUCGUUUGUCUCCUCCUCCGCUGCAGAAGAGGAUGACGAUUGCUUAUCACUCACUUCUCCUUCUCUGUCUCGCUCUUCCUCAGACACUCCGUCCCCAUCACCAUCGCCAUGAGUUUUCUCACCGAACGAGUUCUCGGCGAGCACCUGCUGGCGCCACGUGACGACAUUUCGGCGAUCAGACAAGUCCAUCAUCCACGGCUCAGUCCGGAUUCUCUCUGGUUUGUACAGUUCUUCAACACCACGGGAGUAUACGCGCCGGCGGAGUUUCGUUUUGUGGCUCAUAACCAAGCAUUCGUAUUGGCCGAGGCAUCGGCGUAUCAGCAGCUUUCAAUACCGGGAGUCAGCCAUGUGUCCACCAUCGUUGUCUUCAGCGGAUAUAUCAGCACGGUGGAUCCGCUGCGGCAUACGGCCAUCCGGGUAUCGUUGAGGAAGUGGGGUGAGCAGCUGGCAGCGAAGUGGAACCAGUGGCUUGCGCGGCACAGCGACAAUCUCGUCGUCACCGACAGCAUCAACGUCGGCGGGCUUCGCACGUCCCGACGCAAGCCAGCGGUGUGGUCAGCCUGCCUGGAAGAUCUAACGGGAGGUGGCAGCUACCCAUCGCGCGUAGAGUACCUGAAACCCCGGGGGAUCAUCGACGUCCUCUUCUUUUCGCCCCGAACGGCGGUAGAGGAAAGAGUCGUGGCGGAGAAGGUGGAGGUGGAAGACGAAAGCGAGGAAGAAACCUUGAAGGAAGAAGGAAGCUACAGUGAGUACAGCGAGGAGGAACCCGAAGAAGAAGACGAAGAAGAAGAACAAGAGGGUCAGUUGGAGGAGGAGGAGGAAUCUGAGUGGGAGACGCUGGGUGAAGAGGCGGAUUGCGCAGAAGCUCCGGAGGAGGAUCCCGAGGCGGCAGCGCGAAGGAGAGAGGAGAUCGCGGUCGGGAAGCAGCCGCUGGAGUUCGCGAGUGGUGCGGAUCUGCCGAUCUCGAACGACCCGACCAAGGAUCCCGAGCCGCCCAAGAACGACGGUGGGGACCCUACUGCCGAGACUUCGAGUGCACCGGCAUGCAGGCGACGGAGCCGAUCCCGAUCCCGUCCCCCCAUCCCCCAAUUCGAGCACGUGUCGAUGCGGGCCAUCGGGCUUCGUUCCCGGUCGUUAUCCCACCGUCCCCUUGAAUUACCUCACCCUCCGCCAGAUUACCAUCCCGGUCUCUUUCCCCCAGAACCCCUUCCCUACUGACACCUUCCGCCACUUCUACGCUACCCGCCUCGCUGUCACGGUACAUCCGCACACCUUUACUUGGUGCGCCACCACUGUC